AUGACCAGGGUAAUAGCCUCACAUAUCGGAUGCCGGAUACAGUGUGACCAAAGCCUUCCUUCUGAAAGCGGGCCAGCACGAGCUAUUCCAGUUAGUCUGGUUAGAGAAAACCUUCUGUCUGUCUACAAAAUUUGUCUCAUCUCUAUCUAUAUCCCAUCACAGCUACUACGGUACCAGAAUCAGACUGUGAAUUUUAUUUGCUAUGUAUUUACCCAGAAUUACCAAAAGGCUUCCUCCACACACCGUAGUGAUUCUUCCAAGUUUGAAAGAAGAAAUGCUGGUCUAGACAUUAUUGCUGUAGAGGUUGCAGGUUUCUGCAAGGCUUUUGGAAAUGCAAAAACAGCGCAUAAUAACAACUCGAGUCGCUUUGGCAAAUUUAUUCAAGUGAAUUAUCAGGAGACUGGCACCGUCCGAGGAGCUUACGUUGAAAAAUACCUCCUGGAAAAAUCAAGACUCGUCUAUCAGGAGCACAAUGAACGGAACUACCAUGUAUUUUAUUACCUCCUGGCAGGAGCGAGUGAGGAAGAGAGAUCAGCGUUUCAUCUGAAGCAGCCUGAGGAAUAUCAUUACCUCAACCAGGACUGUUUUUCCGUGGAAGGGGAAGACUUGAAGCAUGACUUUGAGCGGUUACAACUGGCCAUGGAGAUGGUGGGGUUUCUUCCCAAGACUCGCAGACAAAUUUUCUCUCUCUUGUCGGCGAUACUACACCUGGGUAACAUCCGUUAUAAAAAGAAGACUUACCGGGAUGACUCCAUCGACAUUUGUAACCCUGAAAUACUACCUAUUGUGUCAGACCUGCUAGAG